GUGUUUUAAUGGCCAAAAGAGUCCCUCUGAGACAAAACCCUUCUCAUGGGCUCUGGCUCUCUCUGCCUCUUUCUCACACACACUAACCGUUCACGCUGAGCUUUUGGGUUUUGCAUAGCCUGUGUGAACUCCAAACACUUGCUUUCUCAACUCUGAUGUUUCCACUGCAGCUCGACGGUAAGUUUUCAGAGCGCUGUCAGAGCCCAGGCCCACAUGGGCUGAAUUACUCCUCAUCGUCUUCGUUUGAAGAACAUGGACACUUUAUUUUCUCUGUUGAUCAUCAUGUUGUAAUGGAACAGCACGGACACUCUCGAUACUCAAAUCAAAACUCAACACACCUGAGUGAAUGAACGCCUCGUGACUGUCUGCUGGCUCAAUGAUUUCUCCAAUGGACAUCAUUCUCAACCUGAUAACACCAGACUCCUCGCCAUCCACCUCCCCCACCAACACCAUCGAGAGGCUGGAGGGCGGUCUGGCGGCGGCGUGCGGUGCUGAUGGUUCGCUGCUGGGCUCGGAGGACGCCGGUCUGGACCCCCAGCGCACACGGCAGGCCAUCGCACAGCUGCAGCAGAAGAUCCUGAAGCUUACGGAGCAGCUGCGCAUCGAGCAGGCGGCCCGUGACGAGAAUGUGGCCGAGUACCUCAAACUGGCCAGCAAUGCCAGCGACAAACAGCAGAGCUCCCGCAUCAAACAGGUGUUUGAGAAGAAGAACCAGAAGGCUGCGGCGAGCAUCGCCCAGCUGCAGCGCAAGCUGGAGCAUUACCACCGGCGUCUGCGCGAGGCGGAGCACAGCGGCGUGCAGCGGCAGCCCAAAGACAUGCUGCGCGACAUGCAGCAGGGCCUGAGGGACGUGGGGGCCCGGGUCAUCACGGGCCUCAGCGAGGGGGUGGUGGACAGCCUGGCCUCCAAACCGCGCGAGAUCGCCUCGCUCAUCCGCCACCGCUUCGGCAGUGCAGACAACAUCAGUGUGCUGAGGGACGGGCCGGAGGAGGCCGAGGACGGAGCCUCCGCCACACACCUGCAGUCCAGCCCCAAGUUCGCCAGCGACGAGGACUGCUCCAGUGUCACCUCGGGAUCCAACAGCAUGACGGGGGCCCCUGGGGGCCCACCCAGCUCCAGGGGGAACACGCUGGAACGGGGCCACCACGGCAGCAUGGACAUGCUGAUGCAGGAGCAGCAGGAGCAGCGAGACGUGCAGACGUGCCUGGAGGAGACGCUGGAGAGUGUGAGGAGCGGAUAUAUGAAGGAGUGCAGGCUAGUGAUGGAGGCGCUGCAGGAGGAGAGGUUCAGGUGUGAGCGCUUAGAGGAACAAGUGAACGAUCUGACAGAGCUCCACCAGAACGAGAUCCUGAUCCUGAAACAAGAGCUGGCCAGCAUGGAGGAGAAGAUCGCGUACCAGUCCAACGAGAGGGCCCGAGACCUGCAGGAGGCUCUGGAAGCGUGUCAGACGCGCGUCUCUAAGAUGGAGCUGCAGCAGCAGCAGCAGCAGGUGGUUCAGCUGGAGGGCCUGGAGAACGCCACGGCUCGCACACUCAUGGGCAAACUCAUCAACGUGCUGCUGGCUCUCAUGGCCGUGCUGCUGGUCUUCAUCUCCACCGUCGCCAACUGUGUGGUGCCGCUGAUGAAGACACGCAGCCGCUCCGUCUCCUCGCUGCUGGUCUUCCUCCUGUUUGCUGUGCUCUGGAGGAACUGGGAUGCUUUCUCAGGACACACCUCUCGCCUCCUGCACGUGCCCCGAUGAGCCAU